UUCGCCGUGUAAAGAAGUUGUAAGAGAAAUAAAAUAAUGCAAAAAUUUUAGUUGGUCUGUGAAACAAACAAAAAAAAACAAUUGUGAAAAAUUGUUAAUAAAAUUAAGAAAUAUUACGAAAUUACACAACGAAAAUGGAAGUAUUUCAAACAGAUAAUUUUUAUAUCUUUGUUAAGCGUGAAAAAAGUUUAUGGUGGAAUCGCACUACAUCGGAAUUUACCAUAAAAGCAGGUUGGGAUCUAUCUUCGGUGGAUGAUAUUGAAUGUAUAGGCAUAACUCAGGGCAUAGUGGGUGUCAUCUCCUUGCCCAAUGUCUAUGAACCACAUCUGGUGAUAGUUAAAGAGGCCACUCCUGUUGGUGUUUUAUAUCCACCACAUUUAGUUUAUAUCAAAUCCAUUUGUAUUUUAAGUUUAUAUGAAGCAGAUGCUGUAUUACCCAAUUGUACGCGACAUGCUAGCAGUUCCAAUACCACACCUACACAUUCGAGAAACUCUUCAACUUCUUCCUCCAUAAAUGCUAACGUUAAUUCCAAUGCAAAUUCCAGUAGUUCCAGAACCAAACUAUUCGAGGGUAAUCAAUUGAUGAAUAAAACCUGGGGUGCUGUUAAAAGUGCUGGUAAUACUAUUAAGAAUACAACACAACAAGCGGCUGCCUUAGCCUCUAAUCAAGUGAAAUCUUCGGUGGGUAUAAGAGAUCCUACACGUAUUGGCAAACGUAUAACCGAGGAGUUGCAUAAAAUAUUCGAUGAUACCGAUAGUUUUUACUUCUGUUUCGAUCAUGAUAUUACCAAUAAUUUGCAAAGGCAUUUGCCAGUGGGCUCAACCGAUCAACAGACACCAGAUGAGAGAUUCUUUUGGAAUAUGCAUAUGAUUAAGGAUAUUAUGGCUUUAAAUGAUAAAACUUGGAUUUUACCCAUUAUACAAGGUUUUGUACAAGUAGAGCCUUGUGUUAUAGGCAAUGAAUGUUUUACACUGGCUUUGGUCUCACGAAGGUCCAGACAUCGGGCUGGUACACGUUAUAAGCGACGAGGAGUAGAUGAUAAAGGAAAUUGUGCCAAUUAUGUAGAAACUGAACAAAUACUAUCAUUCCGUCAUCAUCAAUUGGCUUUUACACAAGUCAGAGGUUCAGUGCCCAUAUUUUGGUCACAACCGGGUUAUAAAUACAGGCCACCACCAAGAUUGGAUAGGGGUGAAGCUGAAACCCAGGAAGCUUUUGAGACUCAUUUCAUUAAAGAACUAGAUAUUUACGAGGGUGUUUGCAUUGUUAAUCUCGUCGAGCAGAGUGGCAAAGAGAAACUUAUAGGCGAUGCUUAUGCCAAACAUGUUUUAAAGUACAAUAAUGAUCGUGUGGUUUAUGUUACUUUUGAUUUUCAUGACUAUUGUCGUGGUAUGCGUUUUGAAAAUGUUUCGGCUCUCGUCGAAGCCUUAGCACCAGAAGCUGGUGCCAUGGGUUUUCAUUGGCGUGAUCAACGUGGUGUUAUUUGUAAUCAAAAAUCAGUAUUUCGUGUUAAUUGUAUGGAUUGUUUAGAUCGCACAAAUGUUGUGCAGACAGCUUUGGGUAAAGCUGUUUUAGAGUCACAACUAGUUAAAUUGGGUUUAUCGCCACCCUACUCACCCAUACCGGAACAAUUGAAAAAUCCUUUUAUGGUUUUAUGGGCCAAUAAUGGUGACAUUAUAAGUCGUCAGUAUGCGGGCACAAAUGCUUUGAAGGGUGAUUAUACUCGCACCGGUGAACGUAAAAUUAGUGGUAUGAUGAAGGAUGGCAUGAACUCAGCUAAUCGUUACUAUCUGGCACGUUUUAAGGACAGCUAUCGUCAGGCUACUAUAGAUUUAAUGUUGGGCAAUCCGGUUACUUCGGAAUCUUUAAACGCUUUAGGGGGCCAGGCGGCCCCAGACGACAACGAUGCUUCAGAGGGCGCCGAACACGCAAAAUUGCUUGUGGAGGAUUGCCGUAAACUAUUAUUGGGCUCAGCCCAAUAUCCAGUGGGUGCUUGGGGUCUUAUAGAUGCCGAUCCUAAUUCGGGAGAUAUUAAUGAAACUGAAGUUGAUACUAUACUAUUGUUAACCGAUGAAAGUUAUAUUGUGGCUGAAUAUGAUUCUCAUUUAGAUAAAAUUGUGCGUUUCGAAAAGGUCUUACUGCUGAAUAUUACCCAAAUUGAAUUGGGCAUGUAUCAACAAACGAAAAUCUUUCAAGGUUCUACUCCGGCCAUGCUUUGUCUGAGAAUUAAUUAUACUAUAGAUGGUGCUGAUGGUUAUUUUCAUAUGUUUAGAUCGGCUAAUAUACGUUUCUUUAAUAAUAUGGCUUAUCCUAUUAAGACGCCAGAGGAAGUAUCGGAAUCCAUGCAAUCUAUUGUGGAAAUGUUCCGUAUUGCUUUGGAUAAUGUGGGUCGAGAAGAUGUCAGAUUUACUACAGGCGGUGUUUUACAACGGCGUAAGAGCAAAAAUCCUUUAUUGGAGGUACCAAAGCAGGGCAUGCCUCGUAAUCUGUCCGAAUCUCAACUAAUGCAAAUAAGUUCAAAGGCAUUUUCAAAUGUUGCCGGUCAAUUUUCCAAAUUGGGUCAAUCGUUAAAUCCUAACAAAUCCAAACAAACGGUAUCUGCCUCAACAUCUGCCAGCAACUCAAAACGCACUUCACCUACAACCGUUAAUAAGACAGCACAAAUCAAUCCUCAAGUAAUGCGUCAAUCAGAAACUUCCAUUGAUAAGGCCAUUGAGGCAACAGAGAAACCCCUAUUUACUGUAGGACGUCAGCCCAAAUACUCAAGUGGUUCAGAUUCUGAGGAAAAUGAUAGCAGUAUUUAUGAACCAGAAAUAGAUUCCGAUACUGAAUUGGCCAUUUCAGCUAUAACGGCAGCUGAAAAAGUUAAUUUUAAUAAUGAAAAUAAUUUCCUACCCUCAGUGGGUAUUGUUAUGGGUAAUGCUCAAGAAGCAGCUGCGGCUACACAACAAUCACCCACAUCCGAUGGUAUGCAAGAAUUAAAUGAUAAAGACAACCAUAGCAAACAUUUGGAAGAUGUUUCGUCUAUAUCUAUUUCAUCGGUGGCAAAUAAUUUAACCUUUCCCUCGGGUCUCUUGGAGAAUGCACCACCGGUAAGACCCAUAACACCAAAUCCUCAGAUUUGUGUACAAGAUGAUGGUGGUAAUUUUACAGCAGAUGAAGCGCAACAACCAAGAACAAUAUCACCAAAAGAUUUAAAAUUACCCAUUAAUACCGGUAAAUUAAAUCAAUUAAAAUCAAUGACAAGUCCUCUAACAAAAAUAGCUAAGGGAGUACAAAAUAUUGGCCUGAAUUUGGAUCCUAGAAAAAUAGCCACCAAGACUGGCGUUUUAUCACCCACUUCGGUGUCAGCUGAAAAUUCACCGCCCGAGCGUAGUGUCGGCAGUAAAUUACAAUUGGAGGAAAUGUGGCAGGAGUCAAAUUGUAAAACUAAAUUAAUUGCUUUGUAAACUUAACUAAUAAUUUAAAAUUUGCCUAAAAACUUAACCUAAAAAGGAUUAUUUAUUAAGGAUAUUAUAACAAUAACAAUAUUUAAAUUAUACACUAUAAAUAAUUAAACAACUCACACUAUUAUACACACAAUUAAUGAUAAAUACAAUAACAAAACUAAAGUUUUUAAAUACACCUGUAUACACAGACACAUAAAAUGCAAUUAUUAUUAUAAAUAUUCAACAACAAAUAUGUAUUCAAUAAUAUGUUUUAAUAGCUAUUAGUAGUUUAUAGUUAUAAAUUAAUUACACAGUGUGACUAAGUUACAAAAAGUGAUUAUACCCUCUUUCGGGAGUUAUCACAUUUAAAGGAAUUUUUAAUAUGUUGCACUUAACAAUUUUUCUAUCAAAUUUCAUUAAUCCGAUUUUACUUUUUGAAAAGGCAAUAACAAGAGAUUCAAAAAGUACCAGUUGAAGAACAAAAAGUACCAAAGAAUCACUCCUAUAGAUGUUCAUAUCAUCAGCAUCCUAUAAGUAUGACAUUAUAUUUUUAAAAUAUCAAAAAAGUACCAUUUGAAUGACGAAAAGUACCAGAAACUUCCCUUUUAUAGAUUUCAUUCAAUCAGUAUGCUGCGUGUUUAAUUAUGCUUUACUAGGUUCAAUAUUAUAGAAGAUUCAAAAAGUGCCAAUUUGAAGAACAAAAAGUACCAAAUAAUUCACUCUUAUAGAUUUUUAUUUCAUCACGAUCCAAUUCUAAAACGCAAAAAGUACCAGUUGAAAAAGUAGCAGAAACUGUCCUUUUGUAAUUUUCAUUCAAUCAGUAUGCUGUGUGUUUAAUUUUACAUUUCUAAGUUAAAUAUUAUAAAAGAUUCAAAAAGUACCAGUUGUAGAACAAAAAGUAUCAAAAAAUUCUCCCUAAUAGAUUUUCAAAAAGUACCAGUUAAAGAACGAAAAAGUACCAAAAGUCUUGCUGCAUAAAAUUGUUCAUUUUUGUUCUUAUAUCUGAUUUAGUUGAUCGAAAGCAGAAUUAUUGAAGAUUAGGAUCUCUCAGAUAUCUGGGGCCUUCAAAAAUCUGAUUUCAACUUUAUAGGAUCGGAAAAUUAUGAAGGGUAUACAAAUUAUACACACUUCUAUAAUCUCUACGAUUAUAAGGGAGAGUAAUUAGGAACAGAAUCCAUUUUUUUAUUUUUGGAACUAUAAGUCCGUUUUUGCCACUUUAUUAAUAAAGCUAAUGUUUGUCUUUCUAUUGCUUUAAAAAAUAUAACUGAAUUUAAGAAAUUCAAGAUAAAAAUUGUUGAGUCCGGCAACAGUUAAAAAUCCGUUCUUUUUUUGGGAAAAACUCCCGAUUUUCGGGGUAUAUUAAAAAUUCUAAAUACGGUGCUGUGGAUUACUCUACCUGCACCAGGUCAUGUGAGAGGUAUAUUCACUUUUUGUAAUUUUGUCACACGGCAUUGUUUUUAUAUUUGAGUGAUAUUGAUACGAAGUCAGCAAUCUCCAUUUUUGUAUUUAUACCCUAUAACACUAUUGUGGAGGAGGGUAUUAUGUUUGUGCUGAUGUUUGUAACAACCAAAAAUAUAUUCCUUAAAGUAUACCAAUCGGCUUAGAAUCACAUUCCGAGUAGAUUUGGCUAUGUCUGUCUGUACGUCUUUCUGAGUGUCCAUGUAAA